GCUCCCCUCCCCGGCGCGCAGGGACGCGGCGGGCGCGUGGCGGCGGGGAGGCGAGCGCGCCGCGCUGGCGGGGUCGCCCGCGGCCCCCGGGCCCCCGGCCAUGUCGGCCGAGGAGGUGGUGCAGAUCCGCCUGGAGGACCGCUGCUACCCGGUGAGCAAGAGGAAGCUGAUCGAGCAGAGCGACUACUUCCGCGCGCUCUACCGCUCCGGCAUGCGCGAGGCCCUGCGCCCGGAGGCCGGCGGCCCCGAAGUGCAGCAGCUGCGCGGCCUCAGCGCCCCGGGCCUGCGCCUGGUGCUGGACUUCAUCAACGCCGGCGGCGCGCGCGAGGGCUGGCUGCUGGGCCCGCGCGGGGAGCAGGGCGGCGGCGUGGAGGAGGAGGACGAGCUGGACGAGGCGGGCCUGCUGGCCGAGCUGGUGGAGGCGGCCUCCUUCCUGCAGGUCACGUCCCUGCUGCGGCUGCUGCUCUCCCGGGUGCGGCUCACCAACUGCCUGGAGCUGUACCGUCUGGCUCAGGUGUACGGGCUGGCCGACCUGCAGGACGCCUGCCUGCGCUUCAUGGCCGUGCACUUCCACGAGGUGUUGUGCAAGCCCCAGUUCCAGCUCCUGGGCUCCCCGCCUCCAGCCCCGGGGGAUGUCAGCCUGAAGGAGAGGCUGAGAGAGGCCCGGAUGACUGGGACUCCUGUCCUCGUGGCCCUGGGAGAUUUCUUGGGGGGGCCCCUAGCCCCUCACCCCUACCAAGGGGAGCCCCCGUCCAUGCUGAGGUAUGAGGAGAUGACCGAACGUUGGUUCCCACUAGCCAAUAACCUUCCUCCCGACCUGGUGAAUGUCAGGGGCUACGGGUCCGCUAUCCUGGACAACUACCUCUUCAUAGUGGGCGGGUACAGGAUCACUAGCCAGGAGAUCUCCGCGGCGCAUUCCUACAACCCCUGCAGCAACGAGUGGCUCCAGGUGGCCUCCAUGAACCAGAAGAGGUCUAACUUCAAACUUGUGGCUGUGAAUUCCAAGCUCUAUGCCAUUGGUGGGCAGGCUGUUUCUAAUGUUGAGUGUUACAGUCCUGAGCAGGAUUCGUGGAAUUUUGUGGCACCCUUACCGAAUCCUCUGGCUGAGUUCUCUGCGUGUGAGUGUAAGGGGAAAAUUUAUGUCAUCGGAGGCUAUACCACCAGAGACCGGAACAUGGACAUUCUGCAGUACUGCCCCUCUUCUGACAUCUGGACGCUCUUUGAAACAUGCGACGUCCACAUUCGCAAGCAGCAGAUGGUGUCUGUGGAGGAGACCAUCUACAUCGUGGGGGGGUGUCUCCAUGAACUGGGGCCCAGCCGGAGGAGCAGCCAGAGCGAGGACAUGCUCACCGUGCAGUCCUACGACACGGCCGCGCGGCAGUGGCUCUACCUCAAGGAGAACACGUCCAAAUCGGGUCUGAACCUGACUUGCGCGCUUCAUAAUGACGGCAUCUACAUCAUGAGCAGGGACGUGACCCUGUCAACCAGCUUGGAGCACCGAGUAUUCCUCAAGUAUAACAUCUUUUCAGAUAGUUGGGAAGCGUUUAGGCGUUUCCCAGCCUUUGGACACAACUUGCUGGUUUCCUCCCUUUAUCUUCCCAAUAAAGCAGAAACAUGAUUGAAUUGACUGAGUAUUUUAAGAGAAACCUGGCUCAAGACAAAGAAAAAUGUAGUGUCCCACUUCAAGAGAGACUCAUUUCUAAAGGGAAAACAUGGACAAAAGGUCACAUGUAUGGCAGCUGUAGAUAAACCUACUUGGACUAAUGACGUGAAAGCUGUGGAGAAAAGAGACCAACUUUAUUAUUUUUUUAAUUAAUUGAUUUUUAAAUAACGGGAGCAAAUCCAUGAUAAUGUUUUCAUCCAAAUAUGAUGCCCUUGGGUCAAUGACUGAAACUGAUCAUCAAAAAGAAGAUUCAUUGUGUCUGCCUAGUAAAGGGCCAAAGUCAAUAAUAGGUGGGAAUGGUAAAGGUGAUUUUAAAAUCAUUUUCAUUUAGGUCACUUGAAAUAUUAACAUAUUAAGAGAAUUUUUGUGGGGGGUAUUAAUUUACGUGACCAACAUUUAUAUUAAUACUUUCAUUCUUCCCUUCGUUCCCCCUGUAUACUUCUAGUGUGUUUAAAAUAGGGUUCUGUGUUCAGAUAUUUUAUUUGCACAUUACUUUACAGGAAACUUAGAAUGAUGGCACCUUACAGGGAAUCCUUGCAAGCAUCCAGUCCUUCCCAAAACUUGCAUAGAAACAUUCUCGGCUAUUGUCCAGUCUUUCUUUUCAAUCAUGAGUAUUGGUUGAGUAAAUAGGCAGAUAGAACUUCAUAUUUCCUUUAUGUGGCAGAUGGCAGACUUAUGUGGUCAUAGAAGUUGCAUCGCUAAGCAUUCUUUGUUUAAAAGAGAAGAUAUAUUGUUUAAAAGGAUGGAUAUAUGUAUAUAUAUUUUUAAAACUGAGUCUUAAAUUUAAAUGGAAGGGAAGGAAGCACCAAAUAAGAAUUGCCUUUAAGAGUUCAUUUUUUUGAAUGUACUUGACUUAGUUCCUUUUUUAAGAUUCAAGAAAAAACUUUAUCAUACUUAGAUCAAGCAUCUUUCCAAUUUAAUAUCAGCCUUUUAAUGACUGCUCUGCUUUUGUGGGGGUAGGGUGAGGAUAGUUGUGAAACAUCUGAGCUGGAGAAAGGGGAAGAAGUUCCUAUAGAAGUGGCAGGGCCUCUGGUGGUAUUUCUGAUAUUAGACAUGGGUCUCUCCUUGCCUUGGUUGUUAAAGCGAAUGGAACCCAGCUCAAGCAGUUGUUUGGUUUUAGUAAGUCAGUGAACAAUAAUCAAUCAUAGAUCAGCUUUUCUUUAAAAAUACAUACACAUACUUAUAGCAAUUUUACUGUGAUUGAAAAACACUUUCUGAAAUUCUCUGAUCUUUUGUAACGGAAUCACUUAGACUGGGAGCUGGAUUCCAUCUUUCUGUUCUAACAUUCCGGUCACGGCUUGCCUCACUUUAAGAAAGUCCCAUAGAAAAACAAACUGUCACAGCAAAUUCACGCAUUCAGCAGGCACUGACCGCGUGCCCCCAGGGUGCGCCCCCGGUGCUGGUGUAGCAGGGAGUUGCUGACCGCUUCAGCAGUUCUUCAGUUUAUCAAGGCUGUGUUCUUUACAACCAUGGCCUCUUGGUUUAUUUAAAAUAACGGUCUGGUUGUACAAACUCUAUUUGCACAACUUUUCAGGAAUACUUCUAUUAGGUAAAAUGAGGUAAGCCCUUUUUGUGGACAAGAGACAGCUCUUUGUGUCGAGUCACCAAAUAAUCUUACCAGCAUCUACUUAACAGCACUACUUACCAGUUUCUAAGCUGUCUCCAUUUGUUCUCAAAUGCAAGCCUUUUUUUUAAUUUAAAUUCUGAACUGAAAUAUUCCUGGAGAUGGUACUUUAAUAAGAGAUUUAUAUAAUUUAUAUGCAUUAUAAAAUUGAAUUUCCAGUGACCUUUAAUUUCAUUACAUAUAUUAAAAAACCUAAUUUAUUUUAGAUAGUGUUAACUUGCGUUGCAACAGCACUUCUCUUAAGGCGUCCCCUUGUAUAUACAGAAGAUUCUAGCAAGUUAGAUUAGUUCUGGACAAACAAAUGGGCCUUAGCUUACAAAUAACCACGUCCCAUAAAAUGCAAUAUUACUCCUACCAACCAGUUCUCUUCCUGAUUACAUUCUUCGGGUCUGUUUUCCCAAUGCCAACAAUUAGAUUCUUGGACCAAGGGAAGGCACACUGUGAUCCACAAAGCCCUUUUUAUAAACCAGGUUUGAUGUGUGUGUAUAUGUGCACGUGUGUGUGUGUGUGUGCUGGCAUAUUAUAGCUCUCUCUAAGAUACACAGUCUUCUAACAAGGUUUUGUUCCUCGGGGCUGCCAGCCCUGCUUGGGUGGGGGUGGAAUGAAUAAUAGGAAUGACUCUGGAUCUGGGAUUCCAUCCUUACUGCUGUGCACAUCAGCUGUGUUGACAUUUUGAGGCUGAUUUUAACUUAGCUCUGUUUUUUUGUUGGUGCCAAUAUUAUAUUGAAGAUUCUACCUAUGAUGCAGGCAGGACCGCUUUGAAAAUCUCAGCCCCUAGGACUUUGCUCUUUGACAGUAUUCCUCCAUCUUCUUCCUUUUUCUAAGUUCUUUAUCCUUUUCUGAAGUGCUUCUGAGGGGCACCAAGCUCCCACUAUGGAAAAGGGAGUUAUUGGGGGGUGGGGCUCCCAGGGGUAGCCACUGUGCCGGAAGCAGCCAAUUGAAUUAGCAACGGUCUCAUGGCAGAGAAUGGGUCCUGGGUGUGUGAACCGGCAGAGCUCGGCUCCUUCUGUCAUUCUUGCUGGCUUUCUUCUCAACACCCUUUGCCUCAAAGGCCUCUCUCCUCAGCAUCCUUUACAAGUUUUUCAGAUGAAGAGUAAGAGUUGAUAAUUUCAACAGUAUUGGUUAAGUCAUAACUGUGAAGGACUGAGAAGGUUGUGGAUGCUAGUAAGAAAUAAGUAGAUUAAGGUUAACCAUGGAUACCAAAGAGAAUUGAACUCUGCCAUUUUUUUGGGGGGAACCAAAACCCCAAAUAAUUCCAGAUGCCUUAGGUAUCAAUUAGAGUUGUCCCUGAGAUGGGCCAAGCUCUUCUCCACAAAGGAGGUAAUCAAGUAAAUGCCUGUUCUCUUUCCAUAAACUCUUACUCAGCAUUGUGGAUGCCAUGUUUUCAGAUUUCCAGGUAAAGUCAUGACCCUGCUUGUUUGGCUGCAUAGGUAAGUCAAGUGGAAAGACCUUGGCCUUCUGAUAAACCAGCAUUUAAUGAGCAGUGGCUUAAUGCAGAACACUUGAAAGGCAGCAGAGCAACAGAAAGGGAACAUGGGAGAGCUGCUGGAUGCCCUUCUCCUGGACCAGGGAUGGGCAGUAUAACACCUGUGCCAUGAUUCUUUCAAGGCGGCAGUAUGAGUGAGCAGCACACCUUUCCUCUGUGCCAGGAAUUGGGUCUCAGAAUCCAUGUCGUCAGUGCUUCCAGGCGUCCAUUAUCAGUCUGCCAGAGUGAGGUGAGGUCUGUCUGUCAUCCCUGCCUUAGGCAGAGGAGGGAAUGAAUUAGGUGAGUGGCCAUCACCCCGAAUGGCUUUGAAAGCAGUAGCUGAUUCAGCUCGGUUCCCUGGUUUCCAGAAAUACCGAAUGUCCAUCAUGUGCAGGAGAGUGCUAAGCACUGGGGAUCCAGGCGUAAAUAAGCCACCAUCUCUGGCCUUGGAGAAUUUACAGCCUUGUGAGAAUGUUUGCCACAGCUGUAACAAGAAUGCCCUAAGGGACGCCCGCUGUUGUCAGGCACACCGGGACCUGGCCUGGCCACCUCGGCAGCCCCAGCCUGAUCUGUCCAUUUCUUCAUGAACCAGCUUUUCUCUAAAUUUGAACGUCACAGCCUAUGUUUUUAUUUUUUAUGGUAUGCUUUUUUUCCUUACUAUUUUUCAUAGUCUACUCUGUACUUCAUUUUUCAAAUAUAUAUAUAUAUAUGUUAUCUGCUUUAUUUAAAAGUGCUUACAAGGCCCCACAGCCUGUGUAGCCAAGGGCUCAGCAGCAAAGCCAGAGGAGUGAGCGGGAGAGGGAGCCUUCCACGUGUUUCUAUCUGUUCCUUUAAAACACCUGCAUGAAGCUCUAGUGAUGCAACGGUUCCGACGCUAGUCCUCACCGAAAGUCAGUUGAUUUGCCUUUGUGAUAAUUAUCAAAGAGCAGUUUUUCAUCCUUAUGUUUCACUCACGUUAAGACUGUUUUUCAUUUUCUUAUGUUAACUUAGGGACACAAUAUAAGUAAAAUACACACCAACUGACACGUGUUGACCCCUGCACUUGACGUAACCAUUUUUAUCCAUUCCUACGGGAGACAAGUAAAAUGUAAAUAUGCCCAAUUUUGAGGAGCAAAAGGCACUGAAAUUAUUUUGGUGGAAUUGGCUACUGUUUUCUCAAACGGAUGUCAUAGUUUAUUCCUAGUAAAAUGGAAAAUGUAAUUUGCAUUAUUGUGCCAUUUUUCUAAGAAAAAUCUUAAUAGGGCCUCUUUAAAUGUCUCUACAAUGUUUUUCAUAUCUAGGGGUCAUUUUAGGAAAAGUGAUACUCUGUAGAAUGAAUAGUUACAUUUUGUUAUGACUGAUGCUUUGUUUAAAAAGUUGUAUUGAGUCUGCAAUUUCAAGUGUGGCUUAAAAUGUAAACAUGAUUCAUUUAAACACAAUGAUGCCUAUGAAGCACUCACUCAGCAGCAUUCAUGUGUUUAGAACUAGAACUACAGAAGAACUUCUCUUCAAAUAAAUCAGUUCUAAAUCGGUU